UUUUUGCAGAACAAUAAGACAUGCUUAGAUCGUGGAUCACUUGGACAAUAAUUUGUGGAAACAAUAGCAACCCGUUUCUACAAAUGUUACCGUGGCCCGAGGGGAUCUGCGGAAUGGGCAGUAGGGGUCCGAGGAAGAUGAGGAUUCGCUACCAAUGUCCGCGCUGCCGCAAAAGCUACUCUACGAAGAGCGCCGUCACGGCCCAUUACAAGUACGACUGUGGCAAGCCGCCACGUUUCGAGUGCCCCUACUGCGGCAUGCUUAGCAAAAAGAAGUUCAAUGUACAGGACCAUAUCAGGCACAAGCAUCCGUCGAAGCUGGUCAUCUGCAAUACGCUCUUCUAGGACAAGUCGCGCGGCCACGCAUGGCACGCGCGAUUAAAGGCACCCAGUACGAACGUCGAUUUAACGCGUGAUUCGUCCCGUGUGCCCACGCGUUUGCGUCUUUUUCACUGACGGUAGUCACGAGACAAGCUGGGAUAAAUGUCUAUUCUACUGGAGCCUCAUUCCUAGAAGAAUACUGUCUUUUUGUACCUGUUAGCGAUUAUUAAAUGUUACUUUCAUUUAUUACAUAUGUAUUUUGAAUGUAAUGCAUGUUACAAUACAAGAAUAACAUUUGUAUUUUUA